AUGUUAUUAGGAUUGAGAGCUCGAAAACACGAGUAUCACCGAGGACGAAAAAGCGCGGUUGAGCGAAAACCGAGACAAGCCUAUUCGGCACGACAAUUGGACACUUUAGAGACAGAGUUUCAAAGAGAUAAAUAUCUAUCGGUAAGCAAAAGGGUCCAUCUCGCACAAUCACUCAACCUCACCGAAACCCAGAUCAAAACAUGGUUCCAGAAUCGAAGAACAAAAUGGAAGAAACAACUCUCGGCUUCGUUGAGAUCAUUCUGUGUCGAGAAUUCGUCAAUCUCCCAAAUGCCACCACUUCCACUACCCAUCUUCCCGUUUCCUGCCGAACAAAGAGAA